AUGGUGUGGAAUUGCCGUGGUGCUGCAAGCAGUGCGUUUUAUCGUUAUUGUAAGAGUUAUGUUGAUAGAUUCAAGCCUUGUAUGCUAGUGAUUGUGGAAACUAGAUGUGACCCUAGUAUUAUUACUAAAUCUCUUAAGAAGUUGGGAUACGACACUUUUGAGAGUAGUAGUAAUAGGGGCUUUGCUGGAGGGAUUGCUAUGGCCUGGAAAUCUGGUGCCAUGGAUGUUUUCAUUCUUGAGAACAAUGACCAGUAUAUUCAUUCUAGAAUUAAAAUGGAAGAUAGUAGUCAGUGGUUUUUUACGGCUAUUUAUGCGAGACCGCAUGAGAAUAGCAAGAAGAAGCUUUGGGAUGCUCUGAAGGAUAUCUCUAACACUAUGCGAGGGCCAUGGAUGAUGGCUGGAGAUUUCAAUGAUAUUGCGUAUGUUAGUGAAAAAAGAGGUGGUGUGGUGCCUUCUUUUAGUAAGUGCAAAAGAAUGCGAGACAGAACGGAUAUUUGUAAAGUGAGUGACAUGGAGGCGAAGGGGCCAACGUUUACUUGGAGAAGUCCUAUUUUUCGGGGAGGUCAGCGAAUCUAUGAGAAGUUGGAUAGAGCCUUAAGUAAUGAUGAUUGGAAAUUGAUGUUUCCUGACUCGUUUGUGAAGGUUUUGAUGAGAGUUGAAUUUUCAGAUCAUCACCCUAUUUUGAUAUGCCUUAAGGAGGAUACUAGAAAUGUUUAUGAAAAGAAGUUUCGCUUUGAGAAUGCAUGGCUUACGAACGAAACGUACGACUCCAUGUUGAAAGAUAGCUGGAAUACAGGUGAUAGUAUUGGCAAUAAUCUGAAGAGGGUAGUGGAAGGUAUUGACAAGUGGAAGUUUGCUAAUUUUGAUAAGGUUAAGGAUCAAAAGAGAGAGUUAAUAAGACGACUGGAAGGAGUUCAAAGGAAUCUUCAAAUGCGAGACAAUGUUGGGGGUAUGAGAAGACUUGAAUAUCAGCUCCAAAGAGAGUUAAGUUAUAUUUUGAAUCAAGAGGAGCUUAUGUGGCAUCAAAGAUCUAGAACAAAAUGGCUUGUAGAUGGCGAUAGGAAUACUAAAUUCUAUCAUAUGCAGACUGUGUCUCGGCGGAAAAGAAAUAGAAUUCUAAUGUUGAAAAAUGAUGAUGGGGAUUGGAUUUCUGAACAGGAGGACUUAAAGCACCAUUGA